GCAGGCUGGUACCUGGUGUGGAAGUUGUUCCUGUCUCGGUUCCGGUUCGUGCGGGAGUUGCUGGGCGGGGCUAACGAUACACCUCCGGGCACCGAGGGGCGGCGCACCAGGAAGGUGCGCAGAGAUUGAGCCAUGAACAUCCGAUGUGCGCGGCCGGAGGACCUCAUGAACAUGCAGCACUGCAACUUGCUGUGCCUGCCCGAGAACUACCAGAUGAAGUACUACUUCUACCACGGCUUGUCAUGGCCUCAGCUCAGCUAUGUGGCAGAGGACGAGAAGGGACAGAUAGUGGGCUACGUGCUGGCCAAGAUGGAGGAGGACACAGAGGACGCACCGCACGGCCACAUCACGUCUCUGGCCGUGAAGCGCUCGCACCGCCGGCUCGGACUUGCGCAGAAGCUCAUGGACCAGGCGUCACGUGCCAUGGUGGAAUGCUUCAAUGCCAAGUACGUGUCGCUGCACGUGCGCAAGAGCAACCGCGCGGCCCUCAAUCUCUACACCACCACGCUCAAGUUCGCCAUCUCCGAAAUAGAGCCCAAGUACUACGCAGACGGAGAGGAUGCCUACGCCAUGAAGCGCGACCUGUCCUCGUUCGGGGCCAAGCUGCCACUGCCGGCGCCACCCAGCCCGCCCCAGUGAUUGCCGUGUUUUUGGGCGAAGGCUGGAGUUGCUGUGUUCUGCACGUGUUGUGCACGUUCUGCAGGACGCUGUGAUCUUGCAGUACUACAGAGUCUAAUAGGUAUCGAGGGAAACCACACAGAUGUGCUGUGCGGAAAGGUAUGGGUUGGACGCUCAUGACAUGUACAUGCUUGUGAUGUUCCAUGGAUUUGGAUUGAGGCAUUGCCACUACAUGCUAUACCACGGGCAUCGUCAUUCCAAUCAGUCAUGCUUAUUAACGAUUCUCCUGACUGCAGCCAACUGGAUCCUGUGUCAUUGGACUAUUUCUGCACUAUUUCUGCUCGUACAUUCACACACAUCAUUGCCACAUCUCCUUGCUUUGUCAUUAUCCUUGAAAACCUAUGACUCUGUAACACUUGGUCAGCUCUUUAAAUAAUUUUGGACUUGUUUAUGUAAUUGUAUUUGCCAGUAAUGUCACAUGGUAUUGUCCAUAUCUGAGAAAUUCAUUGCUGAGCUCAUGGUUUGAGACAUAGUGCAAGUGCGCAAGUACACAGAGGUAGCAACGCCAUGCUCGGCUGUAGCCAAGAUUACCAAUGCUCAAUCAUCAGGCAAGGAACUAGCCCUUGCCUUUUUGGGUUUUCAAUUAUUGUGCUAUAGUUUCAGUUAUGGAUUUUUAAUCAAAAUAUUUGAAGUGACAGGACAAAAUAAUAUUUGACCUGUUCAUAUUUAUCAACAAGCCUCCCAACCUGUGAUGUUCACAAUGUUUCAUGCAGAUUAUUGCAAGAGUCAUCACAAUUACCCUGGUUACAGUUACACCUACAUCUCAUCCUUCGGAGCUGUUUGUAAACUGCUGCUUGAUGUUUGAUAGCUCUCAAAAUAGAUAGGAAUAAUCCAUGACAAAAGCCAAGAAAUGAAUACUUUGUUACUUCUCUAUUCGGAUAUCUUUGUGCUCACCGGAAAUUAGCUAUAGUUGGAGAAGAGAAGCACAGUUACAUUGACAGCACCACUGCCAUCAGAAACUUUACGGUUACUGUCAUGUGUUUGUCCGAGCCAGCCUUCAACCUUCGCAAGGCUGAAGUUCCACAUCAAUAAGAAUUCCUGUAUUUGCCAUAGUUUUCCUGGGUGAUUUGUACAAGUUUUUAAUUGUGAUAUACUAUCUGAAUUGCUAUUAAAGUCAAAUCUUGCUGUUACAACUACUA